CCCUGUUGUUGUUAUUGUUGUUUAUGUUGUGUAGAACAGCUUACAGCCUGAAGAGUCCAGCCUGUCCUCAGACCCCAAAUCCAGCCCUCGCAUGUCCAGAGCUAGCGUCUUCAUCACACAGAUACUACAGUUUGUCAGCAGGGUGGAUAAUAAGUAUAAGCGUAUGAACAGCAGUGAGCGUGUUCGCAUUGUGAGCUCAGGAAACCCAAUGCUGCCCAGACCAGGCUUCGAAACCCUGAGACAGGAUGACUGUGCAGACCCAUACAGUGAUGUGAGUAGGAGUGUGAACCUGGUUCCGUACAGCCUGGUCUCCCCUCAGCGGGUCCAGAGGAAGAGGCCGGUUCUGAUCAGUCCAAACAGUCUGGCCCGGACCAUUAUUCAGAAGAUACUCAACAUGGGUGGAGCCAUGGACUUCAACAUCUGCAAACCAGAUGUCCUAACUAAAGAAGAGUUCUUAAUGAGACAGAGGAUUGAACCCAUCAUCUCCUCCAGAGAGAAGAACACCAACACCUACGAGGUUGUCUCUCCUGAGAACAUAGAGGCUGUUGCUGCAAAGGGUAAACACUGUUUGAUGGAGGCUGACGUGAGCUGUGUUAAAGACCUUUUGAGGAGAGAGAUCUACCCAAUCAUCAUCCACAUCAAGAUCUGUGACAAGAACAUCAGGAAGCUAAGGAAGCUGCCCCUUCGUGUGGACAGUGAGGAGGAGUUUGUCAGAGUGUGUCGGAGCAGAGAGAGCUGGAGAGUGUUCCGUGUCUCUAUGCGUGUCUGGAGCCUGAGGAAUGGGCUGGGCCUGAUGACCUCAUCAGAGUGGUGAAAGACAGAAUCCAGGAGGAACAGAGGAAGACUGUCUGGGUGGAGCAAGACCUGCUGUAACACACACAGAUUAAUGCAUGCACACACCUCACACACACACAAGGUGUGCAAGAUGGCGACGCUGGGUUAGAUGCCACAAAAUAGUUGGGAGUCCCCGGUAGGGGCUGCACACAAUUGGCCCAGCGUCGUCUUGGUUUGGCUGGGGUACGCCGUCAUUGUAAAUAGCAAUUUGUUCUUAACUGACUUGCCUAAUUAAGUAAAGGUUAAAUAAAAUACAAAAUUGUUGAGAGGUAAACCUGUAGUCAGCAUUUCAUUAUUAUGUCACAUUGGGUGAACCUGUGGUCAGUGCUCAGGUCUGUUCGACGCUGGUCCGACCAAUCUGAUUCCACGCUUCAAGAUCGCUUCGAUCACGUGGACUGGGAUAUGUUCCGGAUAGCCUCAGAUAAUAACAUUGAUGUAUACGCUGACUCGGUGA